AUAUAUCGCAUAUAGACCAGACCCAGGAGCACAAUCUAUUGAUGCAUUUUCUGCUCAGUGGAACACUUUCCAAGGUUACUAUUUUCCUCCUUUCAGUGUCACUUCAAAAGUUCUUCAGAAACUGGAGCAGGACAAGGCAACAGGAGUAAUAGUAAUCCCCAAAUGGCCCACCCAGGUGUGGUAUUCCAUGGCAAUGAGGAUGCUGAUCAGCUGUCCAGUUCUUCUACAGCACAGUGUCAGACUGUUAUUGCUACCAAGCCACCCACAAGAAACACACCCCUUACACAAGAAACUGGAUCUGCUAGUAUGUCACUUGUCAGGGGACAGUUGCAAACAAGCGGACUUUCAACAACAGCUUCAGACAUUUUCAUGUGUGCCUGGCGGGAUGGAACUAAAAACCAAUACCAAACCUACCUUACACAGUGGGAAAACUACUGCAACUCCAAAGGGAUUAGUCCAGUUUCAGCUACUGUAAUUGAAGGUAUCAAUUUUCUAGCAGAACUAGUUGAUAGGGGUAUUGGCUACAGUGCAGUUAAUACAGCCAGAUCUGCCCUUUCAACCAUACUUGUAGCUAAUGAUUCUCUUACGUUUGGUAUGCACCCUUUGGUAAAGAGGUUUUUAAAGGGUGUUUUUGAACAGAAACCUUCGUUGCCACGUUAUGCAUUUAUUUGGGAUGUCAAUCAAGUGUUAAAUAGACUGCGUUCUUACCCUUCUAUUGAAUGUAUUUCACUAAAGGAACUUACAUUAAAACUUGUUAUGUUGUUGGCUCUUCUCACUGGUCAACGAACGCAAACGAUUCAUUGCUUGGAUGUUAACCAUAUGGACAUAUCAGAUAAGAAAUGUACUUUUUAUCUGACCCGGUUACUGAAACAGUCGAGACCAGGGAAACAUCUAAAACCUAUUGAACUGGAAGCGUUUGGCCAGGAGCAAAGUUUGUGUAUUAUCCAUCACUUAAGAGCAUAUAUCGAAAAAACUGCGAAUCACAGAACUGACGUUAAUACGAGCCAGUUAUUGUUGAGUUAUCAAAAACCAUUUAAGCCUGUUAGUAAGGACACCAUCUCACGCUGGAUCAAGAUUGUAUUAAAGGAUGCAGGUAUUGAUACAACAAAAUUUACUGCACACAGUGCUAGAGCAGCCUCCACUAGCGCUGCAGCCAAGGCAGGUGCCUCCAUAGAAAGCAUCUUGGAAUCUGCUGGAUGGUCCAACUGUGGAACUUUUGCUAAGUUUUAUAACAAAGAAAUUAAUGUGUCUUGUAAUCUUGGUUCAGUUUUGUUAGAGGCAAAUAUAGAGUGUGACAAUUACUGGUGUUGUGUCCUUGUUCAUGAUCACAGGGCUUUAAAGUCUCACGUGAUUCCUAUGUGACGUAGACUAUGAUGAGGUAGAAUUUAAAAAUUAAACGAGACUUACCUGUAAGUUGAAGUUUGAUGUAGAUUCUACCGAUUCAUAGUCAGGAACAUAGGAAUUACGUGCCCUCCCAACAUUGGUUAUACAAAUAACUCACGGCAUUAAAAAUGCUAAGAUGAUCCCUCCCUAUUUACGCGGGAUCCUGUGCUCAUUCACUGGUAAACAUUGAUAUAGCUUGCUCGCGCAAUCUCACGUAAUUCCUAUGUUCCUGACUAUGAAUCGGUAGAAUCUACAUCAAACUUCAACUUACAGGUAAGUCUCGUUUAAUUUUUAAAUUAAUAGUGGUAAGUGGUAAUAGUGAUAAACAAUAAAUGGUGAUAACUGAUAAACAAGUGGGCUUAUAUUCGGGGGGGGGGGCUUAUAUUUGGAAUGAGGUGAGCGUUACUACAUGUGGUGGGCUUAUACACGGGGGGGGGGCUUAUAUUCGGGAGGGGCUUAUAUUCGGGGGGGGCUUAUAUUCGGAGGUUUACGGUACGCUGCUAAUAAGCAUGUAAUAGUGCUGAUUAUAGUACUUCCUCUUAAUAUGGCAACUAUACCAUAUACCCUCUGCAAUGAGGGUAAGUGAACUUAUCUCUUGUAGAGAUCCGGUUGCCAAUAGCGCCUUUAUUCUCUCAGUAUGCUGGAUUUCAAAAUCACUCUGCAAACAAAAAUGAGAAUAUAUUCUAUAUGCAUGCAACAUUAAGGAUCUUACAAGGAAACUUAACAUCACUACCAAAUAUAUCCAGGUAGCCUAUGUAUGUGCAUGCAUGUUGCAACUGUACUGCACAACAACCAGCGCGCCCUACUUGUUUUUUUUUUAAAGGGGAAGUCAAGUCCGUUCUGCGCAUCGGUUCUGCUCAUAACAAUGUGAGGACCUCUAAUGUGAACAUUGCCCAAAUUUCGAAUUUUUCUGAACAUAAACUCUAUUUCAUACUCAUCUAUUUCAAAAGGUAAACAAACCGUUUGUAUUCGGGAGGGGCUUAUAUUGUGGGACAUGUAAUAGAAAUUAAUCGAAAAUUUACAACUGAACGUCCAGAUGCCUUCAGUGAAUCGGCGGCGAAGCGACUAAUAUAAAAUACAGCCCUUCGAUUUUAAUACAAAUAUAACUACAGUAUGUCAAGUAACUAUCCGCAUACAAAUGAGUAAAUACACAAUAGACAUACCUUUCAAAUUCCAUAUAUUUUACUAGGUCUUUCGAACUUUAUAAUAGAAAAUUUGAAUAAAAAUCUUCUCCUUUGAAUGCUUGCUCUCAAAAGAUCGAACUUGGCGCUUGUUGUCAAUGUGUCAUACAGAUCGAAUUACUACAACACGUGAUAUAUUCUAAUCAUGUUAAUUGGUUGAAAGUGGAAUUUCCACUUGUUGAAAAUUAUAUUCAGCAGCAAAACAUUCCACAAGUUCAAAUUACAGAAUCUCUGACAAACGCGGGUAAUUAUAAUAGAGAUUUACGCAGCAAAAAUAUAGAUGAGAACAAUGCUGGUGUUAAAUUAAUUUGACAAGAAAAACUCGCUGACAAUUUCUGGCUACAUUCGAUCGUCGCGUGCGAUCGAACAAUAAGAAGCCGAUAUGGUCCGAUAUACUUGUAAUACAACUACAAGAAUCUGACUUGGCAAUAUUCGAGAAAAACGGCGCCGUCAACCAGCUGAAUUAAACCUUGGGUUGAUUUUACACGAACUGCAGUCCUUCACUACGAAUUUGUAUAGAAAAUAUCGCCCUAAUUCUAGGUUGAAGAAACUCAGUUGAAUAUAGUUUUUGCCGAUUCCUAUGUGUGAUGGUCGAGUUAUAAUACACAGCCCGAGUAAAAACUUGGUGGAAAAUUACUCACUAUUUCACUUCUACUAUACGAUUUAAUAAAUGGCUUUUAACUGAGUGAAGUGAGAAUAACUCCUUGAAAUUGAAAGUAUAUGUCGUAAGUCGAACUAAAUAUUUCAACAUAUUUCAUAUAGGUUAGUUUAGUUUUCAGUAUUUUGACCUAAUCAUAAUGGUUAUAAUGACCUAUUUGGGAAUAAUAACCAAUCGGUAAAUUUGCUUAACCAAAAAGAUUGGUUAAAUUAACCUAUUUUUAUUGGUCGCAAAAUUUGACCGAUAAUAAUAGGUUAUUUUAACUAAUUUAAAUCGGUUCUAACCCAUUCAAUUGGUUAAAACAACCUUUAAUUAUUGGUUACAACCUUUAGAAAUAGGUUGUUUUAACCUAUCAGUUUUUACAGUGCGGCAUGGCUCAUCCUGUAGAGCGCUCAAUAUGACCUAAAGGCCAUAGAGCGAUAUCUAACUACAGACGGUACCGUUUCGGCCUUAUGGGCCUCAUCAGUGUAGUGCUGAUGAGCAGGAUGAAAGUAACUGCUAUUUACAGUUACCUUUGAUGCCUCACGAUUGUGGGACAUCAAAACCAUGCCAGAGCGCUGAAACUGCAAGCAGUGAGCGUGCGCAAUGCGUAAGCGGCAUGGCUCAUCCUGUAGAGCGCUCAAUCUAACUACAGACG